UCUGAUUCAUGACACACAUAAAAAAAACAAUUCUUUAUAACGUUUACAACUGUAGUUUCCAUUUGAAAAUCAUCAACAACCACGAACCGAGAUGUUUAAAUAAUUGCUAUUAGUAGUUAUUCCUAGUCAGCUUAAAUCAGCCCUUGAAUAAUCGUCAGCUGAAGUCAUUAUCUCGGUACCAGUUGAAUGAUGUUCGCGAAAAACUGCCAUGAAUAUGAAAAAAAGUAUUUUCCAAAGGGUACGGAACCAGGGGAUCUCUGCGAGGAAAUGGAAAAAAUCUUUCCAAAAACCGGACUGCACUCGUCUGUUGUCGACUAUAGGGCCUUCAACAAAAUGAUGGGCUUAGCCGCUAUUGCAGCCGAUGACGAGAAGAAAGCAAUCAACUAUUUGGUAGAGUCACAUGCGGUUCUUCACCGUCAGCAGGUGAAUUUGAGAUACAAAAAGACCGAAAUCCGUGACAGUUGUGGGUACAGCCAUAAGUUCGGAGUGAAUGCAUCCCACUUCAAAUUCAAUGUCUACAGCCACGAAGAUUCUCAAUCCCUGGAGAGUAAGUUAGCUGAAGUACCUCCAGAGUGGUACGUGGUCCAGUUGACACAGCCCUACAAGCCUUAUAAGGGAUUAGCAGAUGCCUCCAAUUCAGUUCAUCCCCUUCAUGUGACUGUUCUGCCCACUGGUCCCAAUGCAAUAGCACCAUUCACUGUCACUCUCCCUGCACCUGACAACAGUAUGUACGACCUAUGCCAGCAUAUAAAAGAUCUCCUCGAUACCAAUAAAUCGAACCUCCAAGCUGAGUACGACAAUCACUACUUGUACUGGAAAAUGAGACAGAAGCAGAAUGAUAGGAUGAUGACUGCUGUUAAGGAGAUGGAGUAUAACUGGUUCAGAGAGUGGAGGUUUUUACUCAUUGCUGACUCGUUAGAAACUUCAGAUAUCGCCAGAGAAAUGGUUGAUAUUGUUGAUAAACUGGUCGCUGAUGAUAGUACGUGCUCUGCCUUAUCACCCAAGACUAUGUGGCUUCUUCGAAAAGUGGCAACCACUGCUGGAUACCUCAGCAAAGUCGAAAUAGCAAGACUGAUAAUAGUGAUUCUUCCUGAGAAUAAAAAACUAGCCAAGAACUUGAUUCUCUCGAUCGUCAGUAAAUCCAAAAUAGCGACGAAACUCCGUCAGUGCAAUAGAAAGACAACAGUGUUGAUAGUCGAUGAGGAAAUUGAUUACCUUCCCUUGGAGGCAAUGGAGAUCCUUCAGGAUCAUCCGGUCACUCGUUUUCCCUCGUUUCACGUGGCCUACGCCAUGUUCAAGGAGCACGAGGACUCGAUUGUCAAGGGCUGCAAGGUCAUCACUAUCAACGAGGCAAGUGGAAUGAGCAUCGUCAAUCCCUCGGCCAAUCUACCAAAAAUGGAGAAGAGGUUGAAGAUCUUCAUGGAUUACUGGCUGCCCAAAUGGAAGGCUAUAUAUAACGCUCUUCCUGAGGAAGAGGGGCUCGCCAAUGCAUUCGUCGAUGCUCUUGUCAAUCACGAGAUCAUGAUGUAUAAUGGACAUGGCAGUGGCAUUCAGUAUCUUCCUGGUGAGAAAAUUGAAAAACUCAGGGUCAGGGCUGCUGUUUUACUCUUUGGCUGUGGCAGUGUUAGACUUGUGCCCAUUGGGGGAAGAUUUCCACCUUAUGGUGUAUCUAAUCAGUAUCUUACAGCCUGCAGCCCCUGUACGCUCGGGAUGAACUGGGAAGUAACAGAUCUGGACACCGACCGAAUGACCUCCUGCUUUAUCAGCACCUGGAUCCCCUCAAAAACCGAAAAGUCCUGGAGUUGUAUAGACUUGGAGAAAUGGAGUAAUGGGACAAUCGAAUUUAAAUCAAAUCUCGAAAACUCCAAGAACAAUCCUAGCAGCACUCUCAAUGGAGUGUUCGAGCCAGAGAUGCUCAGAGCUGUUGCCAUUUCGAAAAAAGUCUGCCUCCAAUUCAUGACAAAAGCUGCCAUCAUCGUCAGAGGACUGCCGCUCAAGGUCAAAUGGAAUGAAUAGAGUCACAUGAUGACCUGAGGCUCAGGGACGGAAGUGGCGAUACUUUUGUGGGGUAAGACUUGUCCGCCGUUAAUGUACAACUCGUCCUGGACAAUAACAUCUUCACCGAGAACUGUUGUGCCUUCCAUUCGUACCCAACGACCCACCACACAUCUCCACCCCACGAUGCAUCUGAAAUGAAAAUGGAACACACUUGUUUACAUAUAUGAAAAAGAAAAAGUAUAUGCAAUCACCAGUGCAGAAAAGACUGUUUCAACGACUAUGAAACGAUUUUCGUCAUCAGAAAAUGAGGAAAAAUCUCCCGAAGCAGUUGUCGCUUCGUACGUAAUGAAACCCUCUUGUAAUAUAUUUAUUCUUAAUUUAUAUUUACUUAUGAUAUAUUUUUCAAUUCUAUUAAAUGUUAGCGUAUUCUCUAGUCCACCCGUUUUUAUAAGGAAUUACAUUCGGUAGUUCGAUGAGAAUUCUGAAGUAAGAAGACGUUUAUAAUUUUUUUAUUAAUGAAAUUUCCCAAGAUAUUUACGAAAUCUUCAAUCUCGCGUAAAUCUUCAAACUUUAGUAUAGUUUAACCACGAAAAAGGUAUCUCUUCAGGAAGUCGAACGCAUUCUUAAGUGAUAUUUACCCAUCAAGCCAACUGUGUUCUCUGAUCGUAGCUGAUUUGAGGAUAGUGCAGCGUUUAACACAACAUCCGUCAGCCAAAACCACCCCAGGACCAAUAGUAACAUUAGGGCCAAUCCUACAAUUUUUCCCAAUCACUGCUGUUGGAUCCACAAGGACAUUGCCAACAACUCCUUCACCAGAGUACAACUUCUCGGGUUGUUUCUGCCUCAGUGAGGUCAAGUACAGGCACAUACCUGCCACGAUAAAUUGUAAAAACGUGAUUGUUAGGUAUUUUUCAAUAAAAAAAACAUUCUAACCACAUUUAGGAUUAUUUAAGGUGUAAAGCAUUAUUUUGUGAAUAAAUGAUUUGGUAAAUAA